GAAGCCAUGCAGAAGCCUAACAUCUUUCUCCACAUAUCCCUACUAGUACUCUUAAUAACACAUGGAUGUAUAGGGCAAAGCUUUUCCACAGCAUCACCUCCGCAGAAAGGAAGGAUGGUGACGGUCUUAAGCAUUGAUGGCGGCGGCAUUAGAGGCAUCAUCCCUGGCACCAUCCUUGCCUUUCUUGAGUCCAAGCUUCAGGAACUUGACGGACCAAGUGCAAGAAUCGCAGAUUACUUUGAUGUAAUAUCUGGAACAAGCACAGGCGGGCUGGUAACGACGAUGCUAACCGCUCCUAAUAAAGAAAACCGCCCUCUUUUUGCUGCGAAAGACAUCUAUAAGUUUUACAAGGAGAACGGACCCAAGAUAUUUUCGGAGGACAGAUUAAAGGGCUUUCUGGAGAAGAUAAGAAGAUUAUUUGUUUCUUUUACAGGACCCAAGUACACUGGUGAACAACUUGGAUCGAUAGUGAAAGAGUUAUUAGGUGACAUGACAUUGAACCAGACUCUCACAGAUGUUAUCAUACCAACGUUUGAUAUCAAACGCCUUUAUCCAUUAAUUUUUUGUUCCGAUAAGGCAAGAGCAAAUACCUCGUGGAAUGCAUAUUUAUACGACGUAUGCCUAGGCACAUCGGCAGCUCCCACUUACUUCCCAGCACACUACUUCGAAACCAAGCAUGAAGAUGGAAGGACACGCACUUUUGAUCUCAUAGAUGGCGGUAUUGCUGCAAACAAUCCGACUCAAGUGGCUAUAACACACAUCACGAAUGAAAUUUUAAACGGGAACUUCAAGAUUGUUGAUGAUAUGACACCAAUGAACACUACAAGGAUGUUGGUUAUCUCACUUGGCACCGGUGCAGCCAAAUAUGAGGCCAAGUACGAUGCAAGAAAGGCCUCGAGAUGGGGUAUACUAAAUUGGAUUUUUGACAAUGGUAACACCCCCAUCCUUGAUUCUUAUGGUGCUGCAAGUCAGGAUAUGGUUGACAUUCACGUGUCUUCGCUGUUUCAAGCCCUCCAAGCUGAGCAGAAUUAUCUUCGUAUCCAAGAAGAUGGCUUGACUGGUGAUGAAUCUUCAGUAGAUGUUGCGACUGUUAGGAACAUGGAGAGACUUUCAGCAAUUGGGAAUGAGCUGCUACAGAAACCGGUGUCAAGAGUGAAUUUGGAAACCGGCAUGUUUGAAGCAGUGGCAGGAGAGGGUACCAAUUCUGAUGCAUUAUCUGGUUUUGCUAAGAUGCUUUCAGAUGAAAGGAAAUUUAGGUUGGGGACUUGAACAUGUCUGGUAAAACUUAAAAUCAGUGCUCUAUAUAGUCUGCAAGAUAAAUUUACUCUUUCCUUUCUUGUAUUUGGAAUAACAUGGCCACAAUUGGCUACAAGAUAUUUGAAAUAAGCUGCAAGAUAUAAUUGAUAAUCCAAAAUUAUUUGUUAAUAAUUCUAU